AAUAGCCUAGCUUGUUGGCAUUUCAUCGACCCUUAUAAUUAAGAGGGUUAUGAGCGAUAGCCAUAUUAUAUAGUUAAUUUUGUGAUGGCUUUGGUUUGUUGGAGUGCCUUCUUCUUUUUGGUGUUGUUAAAUCCCAUUGAGGGACGAAUAGGAUGCUUCAACUCCAUUAUUAGUUUCGGUGAUUCUCUUACUGACACUGGAAAUGAACUUCACCUCACUCGAAACAGAAAUCCUCCUCCCUAUUUCGCUACCCCACCUUAUGGUGAAACCUUCUUUCAUCGUCCCACCGGUCGCUUUUCCGAUGGCCGUCUUAUUAUCGAUUUCAUUGCUGAGAGUUUGGCGUUGCCAUUAGUUCCACCAUAUCUGGGAGGAAAAGGUAAAAAUUUCAGGCAAGGUGUGAACUUUGCAGUAGGAGGAGCAACGGCACUUGAUUCUGCCUGCUUAACGAACAAGGGAGUAAGAACAACGACCAAUGCGUCUUUGGUGAUUCAAUUGGGUUGGUUCAAAGAAAUGCUCUCUUCCCAUUGCAAAUUUCCCUCAGAAUGCAAGGAAUUUCUACGAAAGUCAUUGAUACUGGUGGGAGAAAUCGGAGGCAAUGAUUUCAUCUAUGGUUUCUUUGGAAAUAACACUAAGGAAGAGGUUGAAUCAUAUGUUCCAGCAGUCAUCAACACUAUCAGCUCAGCUAUACAGGUAGCAAUAAUAUAUAAAAAAAAAAAAACUUUAUGGCAUGGUAUAGAAUAUACUACUUGCAUUAAUUUUUAUCCAAUACAUUUUGCCAAAUUGAAUUUUAUUUUGAGAGCCUUCAUAUUUCAUAGCAUGUGAUUUGCCUCUACCUAAUUACGAUCGGAUUACAUUGGAGUAAAAUGGUUCUAGCGAGCUUAAUCUUAUUGUUGCAGUUGUUGGGUUUAAUUGAUAGGUUGAAUGGGAAAUGAAGGGAAAAGAAGUGGAGGGAAAAUGAGUUGUUCCUUCUUGCUUUAUGAAAUAAGCAUUUGUCCCUCAUAAGUGGUGGAAAGAAAAGUUCUCCUACUUAAAAAUAGAAGCACUCCUUCUUGUUGCUAAAGGGUCAAGAAGAGGGUCUCCCCUAGCGUUGUUGUCGUCGCUCGGCUCGGCUUCGGCUUCGGCUUCUGAUUUGGUCAAAUGAUUUGAUUACCCGACCCGUUUCUUUCUUUCCCGGAUUAAUUUAAAACAAUUUCCCUCCGUUUUUCAAUGGAAUUUUUCUGAAAGGUUGCACACCUUUUCCGAAAAGUUGCAA